UAAUUUUGGUCACAGUGAAUUAUCGAAUUUCAUUCAUUCGCCAAACGGAGGGCGUUCAAGUAUGGUCGCGAGGUCUCUGUGGCGCGCCGGAGCCAAAGUCGCGAUGGCAGCCACCGCCAUCGGUGGUGGUGCCGCAGCGGCCUCCAUAGCCACCUCCGACGACCCUUCUAUGGCUCUUAAGCUAUGCACCACCGUCCCACUUCGCCUCGUUCGUCUUUCAUUCACAGUUGCUACCAUUGCCGUCGAUUACGAAUAUUCAUUGUGGAGAUUGCCUGAAGGUAGUAGUGAGAGGGAAAAAGUUAAGCACGAAGUUCACCUUAGAUCUGCACGUAGAAUUCAAGAGUUAUGCUUCAAAAAUGGAGGAAUAUAUAUCAAGCUUGGUCAACAUAUUGGUCAGUUGGAGUACUUGGUGCCCCAAGAAUAUGUCCAGAUAAUGAGAGAAUAUAUGUUGAACAAAUGUCCAGUAUCCCCGUAUAAUCAAGUGUGUGAAGUGUUUAAGAGAGAGCUUGGCAUGACACCGGAGAAGAUCUUUUUGGAAUUUAAUCCUGCUCCGAUAGCUAGUGCUUCACUUGCACAAGUGCAUGUUGCUCGCACCCAUGAUGGGCAAAAAGUUGCUGUGAAGGUGCAGCACACUCAUAUGACUGAUACUGCAGCUGCAGAUCAUGCAAGUGUUGCAUUAAUUGUGAACACCCUAUAUCGAAUUUUUCCUUCUUUUGAUUAUAGGUGGUUGGUUGAUGAGAUCAGUGAAAGUUUGCCAAAGGAACUUGAUUUCUUAAACGAGGCCAGGAACAGUGAGAAAUGUUUGGAAAAUUUUCGGAAGCUGUCUCCUCAUAUUGCGGACUAUGUGUAUGCUCCAAAGGUGUAUUGGAAUUUAAGUACCUCAAAGUUAUUGACCAUGGAGUUUAUGGAUGGUGCUCAAAUAAAUGAUGUUAAGGCCAUUCAGAAGCUUGGAGUUCAACCAUCAGAAGUUGCAAAAUUAGUAAGUCAUGCAUUUGCUGAGAUGAUAUAUAAGCAUGGAUUUGUGCACUGUGACCCUCAUGCAGCAAACUUGCUCGUCCGUCCGUUGCCUUCUAAUAGAAGGAACAUCUUUGGCAAGAGGAAGCCACAGUUAGUACUUUUGGACCAUGGGCUGUAUAAAGAUCUUGACUUCAACAUAAGAUUUAACUAUGCUUCCCUUUGGAAGGCGUUAAUAUUUUCUGAUGCUGAAGCAAUAAAGGAAAACAGUAAGAAAUUGGGUGCUGGGGAAGAUCUUUAUGCAUUGUUUGCUGGAAUUCUUACUAUGAAACCUUGGAAUCGAGUCAUUGACCCAGCAGUUGACCAUUUAGUCAUUCAAGGAACUGACAACGAACGUUCAGAAUUACAGAUGUAUGCUUCAGAGUAUUUCCCACAAAUCUCAGAGCUACUUAGGAAAUUACCACGUGUGAUCUUGUUGAUGCUGAAGACAAAUGAUUGUUUGAGGGCGGUUAACAAUUCUCUGUUGCAGGGAUCUUCACUGGAAACAUUCCUCAUAAUCGGGAAGGUAUCAUCUGAAGCAGUUAUCGAGGCAAAAUUAUCCAAAAAUAAAUCAUUGACACGUUGGUUAAAUGCUUGGUUGGAUGAAGUAAUGUUGGAAGCUCGAUUUUUCACGUUGCAGCUAGCUUUAUGGCUUUUACAUCUCAAAAAAGCUUUACUUUGGUGAAAAUGUGAAACCUUAUCAGUACGCGAGGAAGAGCAGUUUCAUCAAACAUACUUUCUGAAGAUUUUUCAUUCUUUCUCUCCGUGAUCCAAUUUCCCAUUCUUUUGUUGCUGGGUUCUUGAACACGGAUCGACUAUACAGGUGAAGAAGAAGAGUUGAAAUAGUGUUUGCGUGACAGAUUGUAAUAUUAAUUAUUACGAUAGAAAAUAUGUAUACAUUAGAGUGGGAGUGCAGUUGUAAGAGAGAAUCUUCUUUUUGGGUAUACUAUGGAUUUGGAGAGGUUACAAUGGUAACUCAUAACAAAUUAUAAAUGUAUCAAUACUAUUGGGUUUUAAUAAAAUUUAUCUCAUAAAGAACGGACUUGGCUA